UCCCUCUCUGUCCUCUCACCAAGUCCGCCCUCCUGCCUCUCCCCGUCCCUCUGGCUGGCUUUCUCCUGCUCCGUUUCUUGGAUCCUCCCUCUCCCCGGUCUUCCCCGUUCCCCAGUCUCAUCUAACUCCCUUUCUCCCUUCCUCUGGUCUGACUCCCCUGCCCCCUCCCGUCCUGCCCUGUCCCCUUUGUACCCCUUUCUCUUUUUCUCUCUCCUUCCCUGGCUUGGCGUCCCUUCUCCACCUCUACUCCCUUCAGCUUGGCCUCCCUGUCCCCUCACGGCUGCUUGUCUCCCUGCCCGAGGCCUGAGCCACCAUGCUGACCCCAAUGGUGGCUGGGGGGGUGGUCUUCCCCGGACUCUUCCUCCUCUCCAAGAACACACUCCAGCGGCUGCCCCAGCUGCGCUGGGAGGAGGCCGACGCGGUCAUUGUCUCCGCCAGGCUGGUGUCCUCUGUCCAAGCCGUCAUGGCCUCCACAGCCGGCUACAUCGUCUCCACCUCCUGCAAGCACAUCAUUGAUGACCAACACUGGCUUUCCUCUGCCUACACGCAAUUUGCAGUGCCCUACUUCAUCUACGACAUCUAUGCCAUGUUCCUCUGUCACUGGCACAAGCACCAGGUCAAGGGGCACGGAGGGGAUGAAGGGGGGGCCAGAGCCCCGGGCAGCACCUGGGCUGUGGCGCGCGGCUACCUGCACAAGGAGUUCCUCAUGGUGCUCCACCACGCCGUCAUGGUGCUCGUGUGCUUCCCGCUGUCGGUGGUGUGGCGUCAGGGCAAGGGAGAUUUCUUUCUAGGCUGCUUGCUGAUGGCAGAGGUCAGCACCCCCUUUGUCUGCCUUGGCAAGAUCCUCAUCCAGUACAAGCAGCAGCACACACUGCUGCACAAGGUGAACGGGGCUCUGAUGCUGCUCAGCUUCCUCUGCUGCCGGGUGCUGCUCUUCCCCUACCUGUACUGGGCCUACGGGCGGCACGCGGGCCUGCCCCUGCUCGCAGUGCCCCUCGCCAUCCCGGCCCACGUCAACCUGGGCGCCGCGCUGCUGCUCGCCCCCCAGCUCUACUGGUUCUUCCUCAUCUGCCGCGGAGCCUGCCGCCUCUUCCGGCCCCGGGGCUCCCCGCCGCCCUCUCCCUGCCGGACCCAGGACUGAGAGUGGGGCCAGGGAACCCUCCCCACCCACCCCCACCCCCGUGGGGACAGGGCCCUGGGGCUGCUGGGUGGGUGGGGGGAGCCAGGGGCCUCUUGCUCUGACAGCCCCAGGACUGACAGAUGGACUUCAAAGGAUGGGGACAUCUCCCCUCAGGGGCUGAGUGAAAUGGAAGGCAGGGAGAGGGGACCUCUUCUCCCCACAGGUGCCUGAGCUGAGGGUAGCAAACCCCUUCCUCCAUACCCCCUUCUUCUAGACCAACCCUGGGGCCCUGGAGAGGCGAAGGACAGAGGAAGGGGCACCACUUCCCAUCCGCUUAGGGCUUGAGGGCUGUGAGGAGACUGAUGGGGACUCAAAGAAUGUGGGGGAGGCCCUGGUGCCAAGGCCAUCCCAGCCCCCCUGCUGCAAACUCCUCUCAGCUCCCUGUCAUCUGGGAGGGAGGGGACACCCUAACUAAUCCCGUGGGCCUCGCUAGGGGCUGGUUGCCCCCACAGCUCCUCUCCAAGGAAGGCCAGCCUGAGGAAUCUUAUUUAUUUUAUUUAUUCACCCAAAUCCAAACUAGUUUGUUGGGGCUGGGGGAGGGAGGUGGCUGCUCCCCCCUAGCCUUCCCAGUGCUGAGCAACCCCGGGGGCAGGUGAGGGGCGCUGAUCCCUUCCCCAUCAGGCUGCACAUCUUGCCCUCGGGCCCUGGCAUGUCCCUGGUGCUACAGAUCUCUCAAGGCUUCCUCCAGUCUGGGGUUGGGGGGACCCUGGGAGGUGCUUUACAGACUGCUAAUAAAGACGAUCUGCGUGACCGC